AUGCUUCGUUUUUUUCUACAUAUGAGUAAUUGGCUUAAUACUUGUGUAGGUAUUGAUAGAGCAAUGGCAGUUUUUCAAGGAACUAAUUUUAAUAAGAAAAGAAGUCGAUGUAUUGCACGAUGGAUUAUUUUUCUUUUACAAUUUCUUAUUUUAAGUUCAAUGAUUUAUGAAUUUAUUAAUCGUGAUUUGUUUGAUGAUUAUGAAGAAGGACGUGUAUGGUGUGUAGUUCGUUAUUCUAAAUCAAUUGAACUAUAUACGAAUAUUGUUCAAUAUUUUCAUUUUAUUGCUCCGUUUUUAGCGAAUUUAAUUUCAGCUAUUUUUAUUAUUAUAUAUAUAACUCGUCUAAAAACGACUGUUCAAUCUCAGUUUAGUUCUCAACAACAAUUACUCAAUCAAAUCAACUAG